CGGUUAUAUAAUCAAAUGAUUGUAGCUUCAGUGGAUUUAAACGCCGUAUUUUCAUGGCCCAGAAAAAUAAGGAUUGUAUUUGUGCAUGAGAGCGAUAAGACAGAAAGAUUUUUCCAGCCUGUCUGGAAUGAAAUUAAAAAGUCUGAAUUGGAUGGACGUAUGCAAGGCUUGGUGGUUUCAGACAUGCACCCAAUAUCUGGAUCCUUUCAACCGUCGGAUGCGUUGGAUGCCACGUUGGAGAGGAUUUUUUAUUUUUCGUUUGCCUCACGUCCGCACAGACUCACAUGGGACCUGAUCCAGAUAUUAUAUCUAGCCUUAUCAUCGGAACAAUGGAAGUGCAAAAACAGAGGCUGGAAACUCAUGAUGGAAUUCUUCACCUUGGUGUUAGGUCUCUUGUUGGUGCUGUGGAGUCUGCGGGCAUGGAUCUCCGCACUCAUCCCUGGCACAAGCCACAAACGGCUCCCACCAGGCCCCGUCCCUCUCCCCAUCGUUGGGAGCCUCUUCGAACUUGGUAACAAACCCAACGAGUCGCUCGCCCGACUUGCUCAGACCUAUGGUCCACUCAUGACUCUCAAGCUCGGUCACGUAACGACCAUCGUUGCUUCUACUGCCACGAUGGCCAAAGAGAUUCUCCAAACCCACGACCAGGCUCUCGCCGGUCGAAUGGUCUUGGAUGUUGUUAGGGCGCUGAACCACCACCAGGCGUCGGUUGUAUGGCUCCCUCCCUACUCCCGAUGGCGAAACCUUCGCAAGCUCUGCAACAAUCAGAUUUUUACCUCGCAGAGACUCAACGCGAGCGAAUCGCUGCGUCGCCAGAAGAUAGGGGAGCUUGUCGCUCAUGUACGUGAAAGUGCGCAGAUGGGUCGAUCCGUUGACAUUGGUCAGUUCGCAUUCGCCACUUCCCUUAACCUCCUAGCUAAUACCAUGUUCUCCGUAGACCUCGCCCGUCCAGAAUCAGAGACCGCACAGGAUUUCAAAGCAUUGGUGAGGAGAAUUAUGGAAGAAGUAGGAAAGCCAAAUCUUUCGGAUUAUUUUCCUCUAUUGAGACCAUUAGACUUGCAAGGUAUAAAACACCGGAUGACGAUUUAUGUGGAAAGACUACACAAGGUGUUCGAUGAAAUCAUCAACCAGCGAUUGAUCUCCAGAGCUUCACUUCCUUCCCCGGCUAGGUAUAAUGAUCUACUAGAUGUACUGCUCGACCAAUUCCAAGAUAGCAGUUCAGAAUUUAGCCGUCACGAUAUCAAAUCCUUGUUUGUGGACAUAUUGGUAGCAGGAACAGACACGACCUCAACCACAUUAGAGUGGGCGAUGGCGGAGUUACUUCGUAACCCAGACUCGAUGGGGAAGGUUCAAUCGGAGCUCCAAGAAAAAGUUGGUGAGGUGAAAUCAGUAGAGGAGAGUGAUGUCGCUCGGCUCCCUUACUUACAAGCCGUGGUAAAGGAGACUUUCCGGUUGCACCCACCAGCUCCACUCUUGGUCCCUCACAAAGCGGAAACUGAGGUGGAUAUCUGUGGGUUCACUGUGCCGAAGGAUGCCCAAGUGCUGGUGAACGUGUGGGCUAUUGAGCGAGAUCCCAGCAUAUGGACGAAUCCAGAUUCGUUUGUUCCUGAGAGGUUCUUGGAGUCGUCGGAGAUUGAUGUCAGAGGCCGAGACUUCGAGCUCAUACCGUUCGGGGCUGGGAGAAGGAUCUGUCCGGGGAUGCCACUUGCGUUGUCGAUGGUGCACCUGAUGUUGGCUUCACUUCUUCAUUCGUUUGACUGGAAGAUUGAAGGUGGGAUAGGCCCCAAUGACAUGGACAUGGCCGAUAAAUUUGGGAUCACCUUGCAGAAAGCUCUGCCCCUUAGAGCUAUACCACUUGAGGCGACAGGGUCUUGACUCUUGACUCUUGACUCUUGACUCUUGAGGGUAAUAUAAUUCAUAUUUUAUCUGUGUUGAAAAGGAAAUGAUAUUGUAGGAGUGUGGAUGUUGUCCAGAUCUAUUCUCAUUCGGGUUGAUCUACCCAAAUGAAAUCUAUCACAGAGUUGAUUGUUAGAUAGAUUCCAUCUAUGCGGUUCAACUCUGCACAUGAACCAUUAUUGUACGAAGAAUUGAUCCGCUCUCAUAUUAUAGUGUACUCAGUUAAGAAAUCGGUAUCAAAUGGACCGAAUGGGGUGAAUUGUAUCAAAAUUGGCAGGC